CGCGGUUGCUGGACGCUGAAGACCUGCUGCUCGCUUCCCUACAUCCCGCAGCCUCGUCCUGCGUGCUCCACUCCGCUCCCCUCCGCCGAUCCGCAAGCCCUCCGCCCGCCAGGCGCCAUGCAUCCCGCGCGCCCCGCGCUCUGGGCGGCUGCGCUCACCGCACUCACUCUGCUCCGCGGGCCGCCGGUGGCGCGGGCCAGCGCGGGCGCGGUGGGCGCGGGCCCCGUGGUGCGCUGCGAACCGUGCGACGCGCGUGCGCUGGCCCAGUGCGCGCCUCCGCCCACCGCGCCCGCGUGCACGGAGCUGGUGCGAGAACCCGGCUGUGGCUGCUGCUUGACUUGCGCGCUGCGCGAAGGGGAUGCUUGCGGCGUCUACACCGAGCGCUGCGGCACCGGCCUCCGCUGCCAGCCGCGGCCCGCGGAGCAGUACCCGCUGAAGGCGCUGCUCAAUGGCCGCGGGUUCUGCGCCAACGCCAGCGCCGCUGGCAGCCUGAGCGCCUACCUGCCCUCCCAACCCGCUCCAGGAAACGUCAGCGAGUCUGAGGAGGACCACGGUGCCGGGAGUGUGGAAAGCCAGGCUGUGCCCAGCACACACCGAGUGACUGAAUCCAAGUUCCAUCCCCUCCAUGCAAAGAUAGAUGUCAUCAAAAAAGGCCAUGCCAGGGACAGCCAACGUUACAAAGUUGACUAUGAGUCACAGAGCACAGACACCCAGAACUUCUCCUCUGAGUCUAAGCGGGAGACAGAAUACGGUCCCUGCCGCAGAGAAAUGGAAGACACACUGAAUCAUCUGAAGUUCCUCAAUGUGUUGAGUCCCAGAGGUGUCCACAUCCCAAACUGUGACAAGAAGGGGUUCUAUAAGAAGAAGCAGUGCCGCCCAUCCAAAGGCAGAAAGCGGGGCUUCUGCUGGUGUGUGGACAAGUACGGACAGCCCUUGCCUGGCUACGACACCAAGGGGAAAGAUGACGUGCACUGCCUCAGUGUGCAGAGCCAGUAGAUGCCGCUGAGCCACUUGACGUGGAGAACAAAUACGCCUUAUUUUGCACAAAAGACUGCCAACAACAUGAUCAGCAGCUGGCUACAGCCUUGAUUUCUAUUUCUUUUUUUUGUGGUGAACUGAUUAAAAAAAAAAAAACCAAAGUUUAGACAGAUUUUUUUGAAAUGCCUCUGGUUGUUUAAAUUGUAAACUUGAUCGUCUUUCUACUCUCCGGUAGUCAACAAACAGCAGUUUGAAUUUUCCUGUUGCUUCCUGUGAAAACAGUCCUGCUCCAGGCCACGGACGCCCUCUUCCCCUAACCCACCCAGUACGGGCUGCAGUGCUGCUGGCCCUCAGCCUGCUUGACGUCAGAGGUUCUGUUGCCGAUAGAGAAAAACCCUCUUUCCAUUCCCUGUAAUGAAUGCAGGCAGUGUGGAGAGUGGGGAAGCCCUAACCAAGCCACCAGAACAUCUGGAUGCACACACCCAAGACUUGUGGCCCUUGUGGUAUCAUCUGAACCAGCGCAGGUGACCUGAUCUUCCUGGGAACUGUGAGAGAGAAUAGGUGGAGUCUCUCUUAUUAAGAAUCACCAAGAAUGUUCUAAGGCCCUCUGGGAGCCCAUAGAAACAAGGACGAGGACCUUCCUCUGUCAGGCAGCUUCCUGAUGACCUGGCCCCAGGUGGAAGGAGCAGUGAGUGUCAGCCUCCAAGUUCAGAGAUGUCACAAAUAAUGGUACAGUUAAUUCUUCAGAUGACUUUGAAAAAAACCAACAACAGUGUUUUCUUGUCCAACUUCUCAAAAUAAAGUUUAUUGUGGGGUGGGGGGAAGCUUUUUUUUAAAGAAAGAAAAGGGGGUUUGAAGGGUCGUUUUCAUCUUCCUCUCCUUCCUAUCUGAACAGAAAAGAGGAAUGGCUUGUUGGAGAGCCUGGCAAGACCAAGAGAAUCACCCGUUUGUUGAUCUUGGGGUCCUUCUCAGACUUUCUUUAUAAUUCACGCAUAUACGCAGACAGAAUACCUUCGUAAUUGUUAACAGUGUAUACGGCAUAGCCCGAAUAUAAUAGAAUCUGUACUAGAUAAUCCUAGGUAAAAUGUUAGUGACGCUAGGUGAUGUAACCACAGGCACGCCCAGGGAAAGGAGCCCGCGUCUGGAGGCUGGGCUGCUCUCCCCAAGGCCAAGGAGGUCUGGCAACAGAGGGUGCGAGGAAUCUGCACUGCAUCCCACGGGGUGAACGUGUGCUGUACAGAGCUUGUCUUGAGAGUACAAGGGAAUCUCAAGAUGUUCUGCCUGCCUAUCAGCUUUUCUUUAUUUUUUUAAUUAAGUUUUUUUGGGGGAAAAAAUGUAUUUUUGAAAAGUUUGUCUUGCAAUGUAUUUAUAAAUAGUAAAUAAAGUUUUUAUCAUUU